CCCGGGGCGGCGCGGCCGCCAUGGACCUGCACAUCCUGGAGCACCGGGUGCGGGUGCUGAGCCUGGCCCGCCGCGGGCUCUGGCUCUACACCCACCCGCUGCUCAAGCUGCUCUUCCUGCCCCAGCGCUGCCGAUGCAAGUUCUUCAGCCUGACGGAGACCCCCGAGGACUACACGGUCAUGCUGGACGAGGAGGGCUUCAAAGAGCUGCCACCCUCCGAGUUCAUGCAGGUGGCAGAUUCCACGUGGCUGGUGCUCAGCGUGGUGUCCAACGGGCGGGAGCCCCCCGGCUGCCAGGCCACCGGUGUCACCAAGAUCGCGCGCUCGGUCAUCGCGCCGCUGGCCGAGCACCACGUCUCGGUGCUGAUGCUCUCCACGUACCAGACCGACUUCAUCCUGGUGCGGGAGCGGGACCUGCCCGUGGUGAUCCACACGCUGGCCGGGGAGUUCGACAUCUACAAGGAGGAGGGUGGCGAGUGUGUCCCUGUCACCUGUGAUGACGUCAGCAACGGCUUCCUCAAGCCCAAGCCACCCGCCAGCCCCACGCUGCACCCGGUGCAGAGCCCCCAGACGCGCUUCUGUGUCCUCACGGUGGCCCCCGACACGCUGCCCGCCAUCGCCACCAUGCUCAUCGACGUCCUCUUCUACUCCCACAGCCCCCCGUGGGAUGCAGCCCCCGGCAGCCAGGACCUGGACUCCAUCACCUUCUUCUCCUUCUCCCUCAUCGAGGGCUACAUCUCCAUCGUGAUGGAUGCCGACACCCAGAAGCGCUUCCCCAGUGACCUGCUGCUGACCAGCUCCACGGGCGAGCUGUGGCGCAUGGUGCGCAUCGGGGGGCAGCCCCUCGGCUUCGACGAGUGUGGCAUCGUGGCGCAGAUCGCGGAGCCGCUGGCGGCCGCCGACAUCUCGGCCUAUUACAUCAGCACCUUCAACUUCGAUCAUGCCCUGGUCCCCGAGGAGGGCAUUGCUGAGGUGAUCCAGCUGCUGCAGCAGCGGCAGGAGAGCGGCAGAUAGCGCCUGGCUGUCCCCAGGCUGGCUGUCCCAGCGUGGUGUCCCCGGGCUGGCUGUCCCCAGGCUGGCUGUCCCAGCGUGGUGUCCCCGGGCUGGC